AUGACUCCGCCCCAGUUUUUGAAGCCCAUUUAUGAAAUUGACGUCAUCAAAGGUGGUCAGGCUCUUUUUGAAGUUUUUCUGACAGGCAGCCCAACCCCUGACGUCAUUUGGUUCCACGAAGGCCAGCAAAUAUUUCAUGGACCUGAUUUCCAGAUUCUACAAAACAGCGAUAAGUAUUGGUUGAUAAUUAAGGAGGUGCAAUUUGAAGACGCUGGUGUCUUCACGUGCAGAGCCACAAACCCGGCAGGUGUCGCCGAGUGUUCUGCCAAACUCAACGCCGUGAAACGAACGAGUGGUCAGCCUCCUCGCUUUAUCCAACCCAUCCAGCCAUGCAUUGUGAGACCAGGGGAGUCAUGCCAGUUUCUAGCCAGAGUCUCUGGAGUGCCGCAACCGGAAAUAGUCUGGCUGAAGGAUAAAUUAGACCUACCAUUAACGUACAGACACGUGGCAAGUUUUGAUUCGGCCACCGGAAGUUGCGUUUUGAAAAUCAUUGAUGUCCGCCCAGAAGACGUUGGAGUGUAUUCAUGCAGAGCGAGCAAUUUGGCGGGAAAGGCCACAUGCACCGCCAACGUUGUUGUUGCUAUGGAAACCCAGAGACAGGAAGUUAAGAUAGCCGUCGUUGAAACUGGCACACCACCAAUAUUUUUAUGGCAGUUGCAAUCUCAAAAAGUUAUGGAUGGGGACGAGGUUAGAUUUACUUGCAAAGUCAAAGCUAACCCUAUGCCCGAUGUUACUUGGUAUCACAAUGGAAAAUUGGUAUUGGAUAAUCCGGAUUUUCGAACGUCAUAUAAUAGGGAUACCGGAGAUGUGAUAUUAUUCAUAAUAGAAGUAUUCCCACAAGACACUGGUAUAUACGAGUGUGUGGCCGUCAAUAAAUUUGGUUCUGCCACGACGAGGGCUCAAUUGAUCGUAGAAGGUUAA